CAUCGAAGAAAGCGAGACGAAGUCUCUCUCUCUCUCCCCUUUAUCUUCUUCCGCAGCCUCCCUUUCUUCAGCUCUUGUUCAAGAUGGGAGAAAAAACCCUAGAAUCUUCUCGACCCAGGACGAAUUUGCCCCCAUAAACCGCUGAAAUUACAACCCCACCCAACCCUCCUCCAACCCCUGUCCAUCUCUCUUUCUCUCCUUCUCUGUCCGUCUCUCAUUUCAGCUACGACUCCAAUCUCUUCAAAACCCUAACCCUACCCCCGCCGAUCCGCUUAACUUGCGCAGCUUAGCGCCCCGAGGCCCGAAGAUGUCUUCUUUAAGCAGGGAAUUGGUGUUUCUCAUCCUGCAAUUCCUGGACGAGGAGAAGUUCAAGGAGUCCGUACACAAGCUUGAACAGGAAUCGGGAUUCUUCUUCAACAUGAAAUACUUCGAGGAGAAAGCGCAGGCGGGAGAAUGGGACGAGGUCGAGAAAUAUCUCUCCGGGUUUACGAAGGUGGAUGACAACCGGUAUUCGAUGAAGAUAUUCUUUGAGAUCCGGAAGCAGAAGUACCUUGAGGCCCUCGAUCGGCACGAUCGAGCGAAGGCCGUUGAGAUAUUAGUUAAGGAUUUGAAGGUGUUCUCGACGUUUAAUGAGGAAUUGUAUAAGGAAAUUACACAGCUUUUGACGCUCGAAAAUUUCAGGGAAAAUGAACAGUUAUCAAAGUAUGGUGACACUAAAUCAGCUCGAAGCAUUAUGCUGAUUGAGCUUAAAAAAUUGAUAGAAGCAAAUCCUCUUUUUCGAGAAAAGCUGGCGUUCCCCACUUUAAAAGCAUCAAGAUUGCGAACUCUAAUUAAUCAAAGUUUGAACUGGCAGCAUCAGCUCUGUAAGAAUCCAAGGCCUAACCCCGAUAUCAAGACCUUAUUCACAGACCAUACAUGUGCACCUACAAAUGGAGCUCGUGCUCCAACACCGGUCCCUGUACCACUUACAGCAGUUGCCAAGACUGCUACCUACACACCCCUUGGAGCACAUGGACCUUUCCCACCUGCUGCAGCAGCUGCAAGUAAUGCUUUAGCUGGCUGGAUGGCAAAUGCUGCUGCUUCCUCAUCCGUUCAAUCUGCUGUUGUUGCUGCUUCGUCAAUACCUGUUCCUCCAAAUCAAGUUUCCAUUUUGAAACGUCCAAGAACUCCUCCAAAUGGACUAGGUAUGGUUGAUUAUCAAAGUACUGAUUCUGAACAACUAAUGAAGCGACUGAGGUCUGCUGCACCCGUUGAUGAGGUUACAUAUCCAACUCCUCUUCCACAAACUUCUUGGUCAUCGGAUGAUCUGCCAAGAGCAGUAGCCUGUACCAUAAAUCAAGGAUCGAGUGUCACAAGCAUGGAUUUCCAUCCUUCUCAUCAGACUUUACUUCUUGUUGGUUCUAGCAAUGGUGAAAUUUCACUUUGGCAAAUUGGGUUACGAGAGAGGUUGGCAUCUAAACCAUUCAAGAUUUGGGACACGUCAUCUUGUUCAUUGCCAUUUCAGGCUGCAAUUGGCAAAGAUCCAUCAAUAUCUAUUAGUCGAGUAACUUGGAGUCCAGAUGGAAGUUUGAUGGGUAUGUGUCCCCUAUAUAGUGGACUAGGUCGUGUCCUGUUAAUAUUUAUGUACAUUUUGCUGAUGAAAACAAAUGAACAUUCUUAUUUUCUUGUUUCAGGCAUUGCAUUUACAAAGCACUUGAUUCAUUUAUAUGCUUAUCAAGGAACUAAUGAUCUACGCCAGCAUCUAGAGAUUGAUGCUCAUGUUGGCAAAGUCAAUGACCUAGCAUUCUCUCAUCCAAAUAAACAGCUGUGUGUCGUAACUUGUGGAGAUGAUAAGCUGAUAAAGGUGUGGGAUUUGAAUGGACGGAGGCUUUAUAACUUUGAAGGGCAUGAUGCACCUGUUUAUUCUGUUUGCCCUCAUCACAAGGAGAGCAUUCAGUUUAUUUUUUCGACUGCACUUGACGGAAAAAUUAAGGCAUGGUUGUAUGACAACAUGGGCUCUAGAGUUGAUUAUGAUGCUCCAGGACGAUGGUGUACUACAAUGCUUUACAGUGCUGAUGGAAGCAGAUUGUUUUCUUGUGGGACAAGUAAAGAUGGUGAUUCUUACCUUGUUGAAUGGAAUGAAAGUGAAGGGGCAAUAAAGAGGACAUAUACUGGGUUCAGAAAGAAAUCAGCAGGUGUUGUGCAAUUUGACACAACGCAAAAUCACUUUUUGGCUGUCGGCGAAGAUAGUCAGAUAAAAUUUUGGGAUAUGGACAACGUCAGCCUUCUCACUGCCACAGAUGCUGAGGGAGGACUCCCGAGUCUUCCCCGUUUGAGGUUCAACAAAGAAGGAAAUCUCCUUGCUGUUACUACAGCAGACAAUGGUUUCAAGAUCCUUGCUAAUGCAGAUGGCCUCAGAGCUCUGCGAUUGAUUGAAAGCCGAUCUUUUGACACAUUGAGAGCGCCCAUUGAACCUGCUCCGGUUAAGGUUUCUGGUGCUGCCGUGGUUGCAAACAGCAGUCCAAAUGUUACGAGGGUUGAUCGCUUGGAUAGAAGCUCCCCAGCGAGGCCUUCUUCUGUUCUUAAUGGGGUUGAUCAAAAGCCUAGAGUUUUGGAAGACAUGACUGAGAAAACUAAACCCUGGGAAUUGGCUGAAGUUAUGGAUCCUGCUCAGUGCCGGGUUGUAACUAUGCCAGACAGUGCAGAUCCUCCCAGCAAGGUUGCAAGACUUCUUUACACAAACUCUGGGGUUAGCUUAUUGGCUCUUGGAUCAAAUGCAAUUCAGAAGCUAUGGAAGUGGAGCCGAAGUGAACAAAAUCCAAGUGGCAAGGCCACUGCCGGUGUUGCUCCACAGCAUUGGCAACCAAACAGUGGUCUUCUUAUGACUAAUGAUGUCUCAGAUACCAACCCUGAAGAAGCAGUCCCAUGCAUAGCUCUCUCGAAGAAUGAUUCAUAUGUAAUGUCUGCAUGUGGUGGGAAGGUGUCACUAUUCAACAUGAUGACUUUUAAGGUAAUGACAACAUUCAUGCCACCUCCACCAGCUUCGACAUUCUUGGCAUUUCAUCCACAAGAUAAUAACAUAAUAGCAAUUGGAAUGGAGGAUUCAACCAUCCACAUUUACAAUGUCAGAGUGGAUGAGGUAAAAACAAAAUUGAGAGGUCACCAGAAGCGCAUAACUGGUUUAGCCUUUUCCAACAGCCUUAACAUCCUUGUUUCUUCAGGUGCUGAUGCUCAGCUUUGUGUGUGGAACACUGAUACAUGGGAAAAGAGGAGAUCGAUUGCUAUUCAACUGCCUGCUGGCAAGGCGCCAGCUGGUGAUACUCGUGUCCAGUUCCACUCUGACCAAAUUCGCUUGUUGGUAUUCCAUGAAACACAGCUAGCAAUAUAUGAUGCCUCCAAGAUAGAACGCAUCCGACAGUGGGUGCCCCAAGAUCUCCUGUCUGCACCGAUAUCCUAUGCAGUAUACUCCUGCAAUAGCCAACUAGUUUAUGCUGCCUUUUGUGAUGGUAACAUAGGUGUGUUUGAUGCUGAUAGCUUGAGGUUAAGAUGCCGCAUCGCCCCGUCAGCAUACUUGUCUGCAGCAGUGACAAACAGCAGCCAACCUGUUUACCCACUUGUAAUUGCGGCGCACCCACAUGAGCCAAAUCAGUUGGCUAUUGGGAUGACAGAUGGUGCGGUUAGAGUGAUGGAGCCCUCAGAGUCUGAGGGAAAGUGGGGAGUAGCAGUGCCCAUCGACAAUGGGCUACCGAAUGGGAGGACAACAGCUUCUUCAGCCAAUAGCAAUACAGCUGCAGAUCAGCUCCAAAGAUGAUGGAAUCCAUGUAUGUAACUGUCAUUUUUUUUCCUCCUCUUUCUCAAUCUGUAUUUUUAUGCUGUGUACAAUAGUAGGUUCCUCACAUUUCAUAUGCGCCUUUGAAAAGCUAGGCAUAGGAGGAAAUAAUUGUAGCAAGAUUUAUGCGAGUAACUUGUAAACAAGGGAUUGGUAUUUAGAUUUUAACAUUUAGACA